AUGCCUCGUCAGCAGACUCAGCGUGCAAUUCACCGCGCCAUCGACUCAGGUGGUGACGGCGGCAUUCAGGGGCGCAUUCGCCAGCGUGAGCGCAACAUCGCUCGGGCUGACCUUGCGCAGCCUGUCCCUUUGAGACGCUCUGCUCGAAAUGGUCACUCGGGUGACUCUGCUGCAGGAACUCCUCUUGCUGAUCCGGUCGCUCACGUUGGUGACGGCAACGGCGUCCUCCCUCAAGACCGCGUGACUCUCGUCAACCACGUCAACAAUGCUCAUCAAGAGGGUGGCCAAGCCGACCCUACUCACCUCAAUAACGGCGAUCGUGUUCCUUCGGGCUGUCGUCGUCGCGUUGUAUCCAACAACACGGCCGCCUCCAAUACUAACCUUCAAGACACCGUUCAUUCGCGUGAUCAAGUUGUUAGGACUGCCCCUUCUGUUACUCCCGGAGCACUCGGAAAUAUCCAUCAACCUCGUCUUCGUGCUCGCGUGACAGAUGAGAAUCAAGAGCAAGGUGGCUUUGAUCAACGUCGUGUAGCUAGUGUGCCAGUCAUGCCAGUUGUGCGCGAACCCCUCCGUUCUCGCAACCCCAACUUCGGCAGCAUAACAACUGCUAGGAUUGCUUCCGCCCCCAUCAAGAUGGUCAACAAGGCUCCCAACAAAGUGGUUAAAAAGGCCUCCGAUAAGCCUGUCAACGAUCACGGCAACAAGUACCGUGGCAAAGAUCCAGUCAAGCGUGCGGUGUCCAACCCCAAGCUUCGCACCAUUCUGUCCGGCAAGAAGUACCCUCGUCCUCGCAACAACGCAAAUCUGCCAAUUGCAAGGAUGGGCGUGCACCCUUCUCCACCCCGUCGCACUGAUAUCUGCAAGAAUCGCCACAUUUCGCUUCGACUGCAUACGUACGUCGUUCGUUCCUCUUGCACCACUCCGUCCUUCACGAUGCCUUCCCCGAAUUUGCGCCCUUCAUACGUCUGCAUAGUCGUCUUCGCUACACCUGGACUUGGCUUAUGAUAUCUCGGAAUUGCUUGACUGCCCUUUGAACCACCCACCCACUUUUGGUUAACUAUUGCAUGUCGUCGAUGCGUCAGCUCAGC